AUGUCAAAGUGGAGUUCAGAUCAAGAAGUUGAUGAAAUGGUGGAGGAGGAAGUUGAAAGUAUAGUGGAGGAGAUUCAAUACCAAUGCACUCACACAGAAGAGCCACCAUUGCCAGUUUUCAGAAGAGUGCACAUUAAUAGAGACCGGGAGAGGGGCCAUAUACGGUUAUGGAAUGAUUAUUUUAGUGAGAACCUGACUUACACUCAAGGUAUGUUUAGCCGUCGCUUCAGAAUGAACAAACUGUUGUUCCUACGUAUUGUUAAUAGUAUUGAGAAUGGAGUCCCGUACUUCAAACAAAGACGAGAUGCAACUGGAAGGCUUGGUCUUUUGGCACUUCAAAAAUGUACGACAGCUAUCCGUAUGAUGGCAUACCGAUGUGCGGCAGAUGCAGUGGAUGAAUAUCUACGUCUCGCUGAAACAACCGCCCACAAAUGCCUUGAACAAUUUGUAGAUGGAGUGAUAAAUUUUUUUGGAGACGAGUAUCUCAUAAGACCUAUAGUGGAAGACCUUCAACGAUUACUGAAUAUUGGAGAAUAUCGUGGUUUCCCCGGAAUGGUAGGGAGCAUAAAUUGUAUGCAUUGGGAGUGGAAGAAUUGUCCCACGGCAUGGAAAGGACAAUAUUCAUGUGGAUCAGGAAAACCGACAAUCGUACUAGAGGUUGUGGCAUCGCAAGAUUUAUGGAUUUGGAACGCCUUUUUCGGACCACCAGGUACAUUAAAUGAUAUUAAUGUUUUGGACCGUUCACCAGUGUUUGAUGAUUUUUUAGAGGGCCGAGCUCCGAGAGUUACCUAUAUUGUCAAUGGACGACAAUACAAAAUGACGUACUACCUCACAGACAGUAUCUAUCUCAAAUGGGCAACUUUCAUCCAAUCAAUUACACUUUGA